AUGUUCUGUGUGUGUGGAACGUUAAUACAUGUUGCCUCCGAGAGUAGGAAGAUAGUAUGCUUAAGAUGCAAGCGAGAAAACAGCAUCGAAAUGUUAAAGCCGGUUUGUAAAACUGUUAAUAUCAAGAAAGAAGCUUAUUUUGAGCAAAUUGAAGUUAAAGGCGCCAAGAUUAAGCAUGAAUGCCCAGGAUGUGGAAAUGAAGAAAUGAUGUACAAUACAGCACAACUGAGAUCUGCAGAUGAAGGGCAAACUGUGUUUUACAGCUGUGAAUGCGGGUAUAAGUUUACGGUACAGUCAUAA